CCCUUAGGUUACCUCCGCCUCCUUGUCUACCCCGCAUUUCCCUAUUCUGUGAAGCCGAGGAACAUCAAAUACGGUCCUGACCCAGCCUUCAGUAAAACUGUACCUGACUGAUUUGAGACGAGCACCAGCUUUCAAGUGCACCCCCUAGACCUACUUAUCCUAUUUAAUACUUGACAAAUUAUUGACCUCUUGUGUGACGCAAGCACGUGUGAUUGUGGCAAGGAAUGCGCGACCCCGGACAGGGGCUGACUCAGGGGGAGUGACUCUCUCCGCCUCAGGCACAGGACGCCCGACAAUCACAAAGGGACUCGACUGAGGCUCCCGUUUCCAACUCCUCUCGCCGAAUCUGACUCGGAAAAGCGACGCUGUCCUGGCUUUCUGCGCGCACCCGGAGGAUUUGAGUCGGAUUUACCGCUCCUUGAUGAAUGUUCGGGUCGGCAGAUCUUCUCGGCCAAUUUCACAGACACACCCACAGGGCCACAGCCGACUAGUGCCAGCGGGUGCUCCGUAGACCAUCCCUCCUCAGUGGUUCGCACUGCUUACCCUUUCUUGCAACCUCCUCUCGACUCAGCGUUACUUGUGUGUGCAUCUCGUGCCUUCGAAAGGCGAGUCACGACUCGCGACGCACUGGCAACUCGUGCUACCCUCCCCGAAUUCCCGCGGCGGGUCUCGUGCAACGGCCCAACGGGGGACGUGUGUACCCCGCCAAUCCCUGCAUCGGCGCGGCAGCUCGCUGCUACACUCAGGAUGGUGUUUUGCGGCAAACCAAGUAAAGGCUGCGGCGAGUGCCGAUCUCGCAAGAUCCGGUGCGAUCAAGGCCGCCCGACAUGCUCUCAGUGCGCCAAGGGGAACCGGGCCUGCCCCGGCUACCGAGACGAACUGUCUCUGAUGUUCCGUGAUGAAAGUCAACAGGUUGUGAGAAAGGCCAAAACCGGUUCGUCGGGGCGGCGGAACAAGAAACCCGCUGCUGCAGGUGCAGCAUCCAAGAAAUCGUCCCCGCGCGGCGGCGGCGGCAGCAGCAGCAGCACUAAUAGUCCCGUUGCUUCCUCCUCGUCUGUGGGGAAGGAAAGCCCGUCGGUGGUGUCGACCUCGUCGCCAUCGAUCAACUUUGGCAGUGAAUUUGCGGACCUGACUGAGUUCGAAGAGGUGCAGCUGAUCAAUAGGGAGCAGUUGCUACAGCAAGACCUUGUCUAUACGCCAUGGAAGGUGCAACCGUCAUGGCAGCUGACUGUAGAUGAGGCCGUCAACUAUUUUCUCCGUCACAAUGUGUGGCCGGGGGCGAUCUUUAUGAUGAACUUUGAGCCCAAGUCGCCAGGACAUCCGAGCGCCACGCUUAGCGAGCAAGCUCAAAUGGCGGCGCUUGUUUCUGUGGGGACUGCGAUGCUCUCGCGGGUCCGGCGAUCCAAGGAUUUGGAGAUUGCGGCUGAGCGCGAGUAUGGGCAUGCAUUGUCGCUGCUCACACGUGCUGUCUGCAAUGAGGAGCAAUCACGGACAAAUUCAACGUUGUCGGCGGUGUUGUUGUUGGCUAUUUUUGAGGUAAUUACCAGUCGUUCGAUAAUGAGUAUCGAGAAAUGGACAAAUCAUAUAUAUGGAGCUGCCACUUUAUUAGAGCUACGAGGCCCGGAACAUCUACAAAGCGAGGAAGGGCUCAAGCUGUUUGUGCAGCUGAGGUUUCAGAUUAUCACCAGCUGCCUUCAACGAGGAAUGCGCGUGCCAAAAUCAUUAUUAGAGUGUACAAAGAUUGCCAUGUAUCUCCGACCGCAGAUAGACGCCUACUGCGAUCGCUUGAUAUGCAUCGCUGGAAAACUGUCCAACCUACGGGCGGAUAUCCGCGGAGGAGUCAUCAAAGAUGCCAACGAAGUAUUAUCUGCUGCGUAUGGCUUAGAAGCAGAGCUUCUAGCAUGGGUUGCAGCUGGUCCGCCUGAAUUUCUUUACACCACAUACGAGUGCUCGUCCGUCGAGCAAUGGGUAAGGAUGUUUGGAAACAAGCCCUUUCCGUACAACAACCAGUACCACGUCUACCGAGACCUUUGGAUCUGUCACACCUGGAAUCAGUACCGGUGCGCUCGGAUCGUCGUCUGCGAAAUCAUCCUCAGCUGCCUCCGCCGACUUUCGGCCGUGUCACCAACCAUGGGCAUGUCCAAAGAGCUCCAGAACCACUGCGCCCGGAUCCGCAAUGUCACACGCGAACUAGCCGGCGACAUUUGCGCUAGCGCCGCAUACCAUCUUGGAGUAGAGGGCUCUCCUGCAACAGCCGCGUUCACCGUGCCUACAAACUAUUGCUACGUCGGCGGCAUGCUCCUCCUUUGGCCACUGACAUUGGCCGGAGGUACAGAGCCAAAGGAUCAUCCACUUCGAGAGUGGACCCGAGACUGCCUGCGGCUCAUCGGACACAGUAUUGGCAUCGACCAGGCUCUGGCGCUUAUCGACGUUCUAGAACAGGAAGCGGGGGUGUUUGAGGGGUUGGAUGAGUCUGAGUCUGGGAUCGCGUUCCGCCCGACUGCCGACGCGAGCGUUCAUAACAAGGUAUUGGUUGGAACAUGGAGCGUGUGAUGUUCAAGUCCACCUUGUUGGUCUCGCGGUUACACUGGAAAGAGAAGAGGGCUGUGUUUUGGUUUACCAUGGAUCGGAAAUGGGGUUCUGGCGUAAUAUUGAGAGAGUAUCUAGUUUUGGCGUCCGGUAUAUCCCCGGGAAGUCACAUUCAUUAUCAUUUGCACGGUGUCAAGGUUGAAUUCAAAUCUAAUAUUUGCUAAAGUGAUUGCCACAAGGCUGUUUUGUUGUCUUGUAGGGCGCU